GACAAGCACGUCGUCAAGCUCAGCUGGAGGCUUGUCUCCGAACGUGGGGUGCUGGUGACCGCGACUCGUUGACUCGAAGCACAAGAACAGGAGCUCACAAACCUACAGUUGCUACGCGAAGAACACCGAAGAGGCGGUCAGCGAAAAGGCCAAGGAGCUGACUGACAAGGUCCUCAGAAACAAGCGCGAGCAGUCGCAAAAGGCGCAGCAGCGGUCUGGUGGUGGCAGCAGCAGCGGAGGCGUUAGGAGGACAGCGGAUAGCGCCGUCGCCGACCCUGUUAUCAUGGUUUUGCGGGGUGUCGGGAGAACCCAAUCCAGGGUGGUGACAAUUCAGCCAGCUGAGCCGACGGCGCCGGUCGACUGGCGCCAGCAGUCUACGGAAACGUUUCUCGCGUCCAUGGACAGCAUGGGGUAUGACAACGCGCUGAAACACUUGGAAAAAAUCGGCUCGACGUUUGCAAAGGACACCCGUAAACGCUUGCGAGGGUUGGAAGACAAGGUCAGCACAGCAGUCUCGUUGGAGCGAGCAAUCGAGCAGGCGCAAAAGCAACGUAGAACCAAGGAGAGAAGCCGCACGUUGCAAUCGAUCCUCACCGCUGCGGCCUUUCCUGUGGAUGGCGUAGACGAGGUUCCAUCGUUGUCGGCAGCACGUAGGGCAAAGGCGCUAAGGGUUCGCCAGCACGCCUUCAACUCCGCGGUGGAGCGUGCCAAGAAUUUGCUGUCCGAUCUUGAUCCAACCGAGGCGAUAAAAUGCGGUGUCUACUGGUUUCGGCCCCGAGCUAAGCAAAGCAAUGCCGCCAGCGAAGAGCUGCUGGAGUUGAUGAGGCAGUACUGGCACACGGAUAAGGUGUCACGCCAGCAUGGCAACUCAGCUGAGCGCGACAUAUGGAAGGCGAGUAAGUCUCCUACAGCUCACCGCCAACCUCGGCGGCAGCUCACCGAGCCGGGCGGGGGCGACGCGGUAUACGCCAAGUUUCUCAACUGGGCGUCCUACAAGAGCUUUAAGGAGCGACAGAGCGACGACUUCACUGACCCUGACCGCACGAUCUUCCUCUCGACGCGGUGCAAGUGCCUGGUCCUCCCUGCCAUGGAGCAGUGCGCGUGCAAGAUCCACUCGCAGCAGGUCGACUUGCGGGCAGCGGACCCGGAUGGUGACGGUUGGAUGGGGCGGAAACCGGAGUGCAACGCUUUGGACUGCGCGAAGUGUGGGUUCGGGGGGGCUGACGGCAUUCCCAUCUGCAGCAAGCAAGAGAACUCCGAGCAGACGGUGGUGUGGAAGAUGUUCGAGGACGUGAUCACUGCGCCUGCAUCAGCAGAUGGGAAGAUCAAGGCCAAGAAACUCGCCAACCAGACCGUGCCGAAGGAGGGUAAGCUCUGCGAUCUUUGGUCGGCUUUCAAAGGGCACACCAAGCUGUACAUGGCUCACCACUCUAUCGCUAAGUGGCAAAGGCACUGCCACGGGCGUUGCUUGGAGACGUUUCAGGACGGUGACCUUGUCAUCGAGACCGACUUUGCCGAGAAGUACACCCACCAAUCCUUCAUCAGCAUGAUGAUGCCUGUUUACCCGCAGACAACGCUCAUGGUGGCCAUCGCACACUUCAACCCGCAGACGCACGUGGGGGGUGGCAGGGUGCACGUGACGGAAACAUGGAUCUUUGCAUCUGAAGUCAUGGCGCAUGACUGCGAUUUCCACCUGCACGGCUUGGCCAGGAUGGCGGACUACUACCUGCGUGGAGAUGGGAGCGAAGCAACAGCUGCCGCCCAGAACGAUGGCCGGACGCCCCGGAUUCACAUGUUCACGGACGGAUGCGGGAAGCAGUACCAGGGAAGGCGGAAUUUCCGCUUCUUGGUCGACAGCGUGCGGCAAAUCGCCUUUUUUAUCGACCACCACUUCGCGGCCACAUCUCACUUCAAAGGUUGCCAUGAUGGGAUUAGCGGAGUGGCAAAGAGCGUCAUGAACAGGAGGGAGAGAUUUGGCAAGCGAAUCAUGGGGGCGGACGGGGUGAUCAGCUUUUUGCGAAGUUCUUUCGGGAGGAGGCAGGCAGCGAGGGGGAGGAGGGUAUGCCGAAGUAUUUCUUGAAGUGGUCUCCGUACCGCAUGCGGAGGGUGCACGUCGAGUUUAUCGGCAAGAAGGAGAUAUGUCGGCCAAACUCGGUCCUGGCAGGCAUAGAGGGUACACGAGACAUGUACCACUUCGCGGAAGCAAACACUCCCAAGUGGGAUGGGUACACCACGACCGAGGGGCGCGAAGAUGACUGCAAGCUGGUACGAAAGAGCGAGGGGCGGGGUAGCUUGUCGAGUCAAGAGAAGAGCAGGUUGCGGGAAGUCAAAGUGUUGGGUGCAGUAGCGAGCAGAUGGAAGGGUAAGGGGGCUGGGUUGCAGGAUCCGGUGUCGGGGGAGGAAGUCGUGACCUGCAGAAAGGUGAAACGGACGUACAGGCUUAGGACUCGGCUGGCGUCGUGCUUCUGCUCGGCGUGCCAGCGUUGCGAGUAUGAGCAGUGCUACGUCAGCAAGACAUACCCACGUCUCGUUCCCGCAUUGCAAGAGGGCGAAGUGAAGGAAACGGUGAUCAUGGACACUGGAGUAGCGCCCGUAGACGAGGUUAACUCCCGGGGGAUCCAGUUCGGGAGUAGAAGGAACGCAGGAUGGAGAGAAUGAUUGGCACACAAUGGGAAGAGUGCGAAUCUGCUGCUGCGUCAAAGAUUUGGGAAGAGCUUGGUAGGAAGGAAGAGCCCAAUAUUUUUGCCCGUUUCGGGCGGUGGGCUGGUUUUUAAGUGUGCUUCUUGUAUUUGCUUCUGGAGCAGUAGGUGGGGUUCAACGCCCAUUUGAGGUACAACUUGGGGGU